GGAAAAGAAAGAAAAGAAAUGCUGGGAGGCGGAAAUGCUGUUAGCAAAUCAUUGUCAUGAGUGGUGGGGGCUGCCUUUCAUAUCACUUUCAAGUGCGUGAGCUGGAGAUUGUCCUUCUAAAAAGGUUUCUUUUGAUUGGUGCCGAAAAUCCACUUUUCACAAAUCAUCUGAGAUGCAGCAUGGUUCUUAUUUUCAACUUACAAAAGUAUAAGGGACGUAUCAUAACCGCACUAGGGGCACUGUCGGGGCUCGCUUUGAUGGCCUAUGGGCGUGAGAAGAUGUGGCAAAAGAAGGACGAGGCCCGUGCAGAAUCGCAGAUCCGCAUCAAAAAGUUCAAGGAGCUGGCUAGCUGGCGCAGCUCUGAUUGCUGACAGCCAACAGUUCAUCAAGCAGCAUGGUAGUCACUGAUUAAUAUCAUGCCCAACCAAGUUGAUGCGCACCCCCACCUGGAAGGUUGGCGUUUUCAGAAGUAAGCCAGCUCUUGUGGCGCAGACACUGGCCUGGGGGAAUGUCAAAGGACUCCCCUGAUGCACUAUUGCUCAUAAUCAUGCCUUUUACUAGUAGAUAACAAGCAAGGGGGCUCGUUGCAAAGUUUUUCAAGUGCAGGCAGAGAAAGUAGGGUAUAAGCAAACUUCCGUGGUCAAUCCCAAUGGACAACAUUCCCAACGGUCCCUCAGACUCAAAGAAGGUGAAGGUGGCGGUUGUGCAAGCAGCCACUGUCUUCUACGAUUUGAAAGCCACUCUAGAAAAGGCUGAGCGCUUCAUCAAGGAGGCGGCUGACCAUGGCUGCCAGCUGGUUGUUUUCCCUGAGGCUUUCAUUGGGGGCUACCCCCGGGGCUCCAAUUUUGGAGUGGUUAUGGGCAGUCGGUCCCCGGAAGGAAAAGAGGAGUUCAGGAAAUACCACGCAGCUGCGGUCGAGCUCCCCGGGCCCGCCUCCGACGCCCUGGCGCAACUCUCUGCCAACCACAACGUCUUUCUCGUCAUGGGCCUGAUCGAGCGGGAGGGGGGCACUCUCUACUGCUCGGUGGCCUUUUUCGACCCCCUGAAAGGAUACCUUGGAAAGCAUCGGAAACUGACCCCGACUGCAGCGGAGCGGUACCUUUGGGGGUGUGGAGACGGAAGCACGUUACCAGUGUUUGAUACGGAAGUAGGGAAAAUCGGGGCUGUGAUCUGCUGGGAGAACCGGAUGCCGCUGCUGAGGACGGCCAUGUACGGAAAGGGCAUCCAGAUCUACUGCGCCCCCACGGCGGACGCCCGUGACUCUUGGAUUGCCACCGUCCGCCACAUCGCGAUGGAGGGCGCCUGCUUCGUCCUGUCCGCAAACCAGUUCUGCAGGCAAUCCGACUACCCCUUCCUACCAGAAACGUCAGGGGAGGCUAAAGAUGAGAGCAGCGUCUUGUGCCGAGGGGGCAGCGCAAUCAUUGCCCCGUCGGGCGAAGUUCUGGCGGGACCCAAGUAUGACGGAGAGGGCCUCGUAACAGCCGAAUUAGAUCUGGGCGAUAUAGUGCGAGCCAAGUUUGACUUCGACGUUGUGGGCCACUACGCGCGGCCCGAUGUCUUGUCAUUACGAGUGAACGAAAAGCCUAACAGUACCGUGACGUUUCUGACGCCAUAAGACUGGUUUACGAGUUUGUCUUGUAACAUAUUGAGAAUGAAACCCGAUUCUGACAUUUUCUACCGGAUCUGUACGCUAUCUUUCAUUGGACAAUGUUUGCCGCAAGCAGUCACAGUAGUCACCCCUGCUUCCAUGACACGACGAUCAGUGCCCAAACUCAGAUACAAUCAAUUCAGGAGAAUACGGUGUUCUGCUGAAUUCCGUAAGUAAUUUAUAAAGUAUGCUUGUACGUACAAGUGGUUGCAGAUAGUUACAUUUGGAAGUAUUUCAAU